AUGCUCCUCCGCCGGCUCAAUCCCGCAGCGGCCCGUCCCCUCCGCUCCGCCGGCGCGAUCACACCUGAACACCAGCACCGAGCACAACCACGCCUCCGAGCGUGCGCCGCCCGCGCCUUCACGACGUCGCGCAGCUUGCGAAAUGACGCCGCCGCCGUGAACCACUACGAGACACUCAAAGUCGCCCACGAUGCCUCGCCCGCCGAGAUCAAAAAAUCCUUCUACGCCCUCUCCAAAACCCACCACCCAGACCACAACCCAAACGACCCCUCCGCAACCCGCAAAUUCCACGCAAUAGCAGAAGCCUACUCCGUCCUCGGCACCCCCGCGAAGCGCUCCGCCUACGACCGCUCCCUCCCCUCCUCCCACCACCACCACGGCGCCCGCCGCGGCUCCUACCACAGCAGCAGCACCGGCCCCGCCGGUGGGCGCCCGGCCUCAGGCCUCUCCCGCCGCCGCACGACCUUCCGCGGCCCGCCGCCGAGCUUCUACCGCUCGGGCGGCUGGGGCGAGCACUCGGCCAAGCGCCGCGCCGCGCACGAGAGCAACACGGCCUCCGACGCGACGGGCGCCGAGCCCGAGAGGCCCGGCAUGGGCUUCGGACAGGAUCCCUACGCGCACAAGCGUAGCGCGGACGUGCGUCACUUUGACAGCCGGGAACACACGCAGACGCAGGCGCGGCAGGAUUCGAGGCGGGCGCAUAGGAUCAUGGGGCAGGAGGUGACUGUGGGACACCAGGAGACGUCCGUGGGUGCCUUCUUGAGCGUGGCGGGGAUGAUGUUUUUUGCGUUUCUUGUCCCGUACAUGAUAUUUGUUGGGCCGCGGAAGAAGGACAAGAAGGCAUAG